UUACUGUCAGUUGUGAAUUGGCGCGUUUUCUUCACCUGUUGCGUUUGAAUGUGCAUCGAUUUCAUAGCUUAAAUCUUACCGAAUAUACGUAUAUGGAAAUGUGAAGUGAUUAUUUAUAUGAAGUGUUUAUUAAAAUUAUAUUUAGUUCACAUAUGAAUGGUUUAUGCAGUUUGCAGUGCAAACUGUUUAAAGCAUAAUUGUAUAAGUACGUUUAUCGAAUAUAAUGCAGGAUUAUCUUUCUGCUGAGUUGUCAGCUACAUGUGCUGCGUUAGGGUAUUAUGAUGGAAAAAAGUACCACUUAGAUCGACAUUGCUUAGAUGUUAUAAAGGAUUUGAUAAAGUAUUUGAAAAGGGAUGAUAGCGAUCACACAGUUCGACGUUAUCUUGGUCAAGCACAGCUCCUUCAAACAGACUUGAUCAAAAUUUUCAUUCAGUAUCCUGAAAAAUGUGACCUAUGGGAUGUUUUAUUACGAUUGAUGAUUAACCUCACAAGUCCAGCAUUAGUGAUCUAUAAUGAAGAUCUCCCUACUGAAAAAGUUUCACGUAGCUUGUAUCAGCAAGUGGUUUUGCAAUUGCAGGGUUAUAAGGUUGCAUUAGCAGAUGACAGUGUUUGGACAGUCGUUAGUGAACGCUUUGGAAAAAUCCUCAACAUUGAUAGUGGUGAGAGAGGCGAAGAAAAUGAGUUGAUUAUUGAAAGGAUUUUAACAUUAGUCAGAAACGUUUUACAAAUACCACCAGAUGACAAUGAAAAAAGAACUGAUAAUGAUGCCACUAUUCAUGAUGAAGUAUUAUUUGCCCUACAUGCUUCCGGUUUGGUUGAUUUAUUAUUGUUUAUUGCUAGUAAUAGCAGCGAACAACAAUAUCACAUGCAAAUUUUAGAGAUAAUAUCUCUAAUGCUUCGUGAGCAAAGCGCCAGCCGCUUGAGCAAAGUAGGAUUGGAACGCACGGCUGCCGAAAAAGAACGGGAUGGCGCACAGCUGCAGACUAGGCGGGAUCAUGAGAUAAAGCAGAAAAUGGAACGAGUGAAAAAAUAUGCCGGAUCUAGGCAUUCACGAUUCGGUGGAACUUUUGUAGUACAAAACAUGAAAGCCAUCGGUGAGAACCAGCUGAUCUGUCACAAGCCUUUCGAGAAGAUAGAAACCUUGGAAUUUGGAAUUGCGAAAACAAAGAUGAAGGCUCGGAAGAAGAAGGUGGACCUAGUUGACUCCUGCCAAGAACGCACUUCCGCCUUAAGUGUGCGCAUGUUCCUGAAAGAAUUCUGCGUAGAAUUCCUGAACGGAGCGUAUAAUCCUAUAAUGAGAUACGCAAAAUCAAUUGUCAAUGGAGCUCAAAGAAGCGAAUCAGACACGAGUCACUACCUAUGGGCAUUGCGCUUCUUCAUGGAGUUCAAUCGCCAUUACAAGUUCCAGGUGAAAUACGUGAGCGAAACGAUAUCCAAAGGGGUAUUUUACUUGGUACAAAGAGAGAUGCAACACUGUUACGAGGCGAUGAACAUGGAUAAGAAAAACAUCUCUUUGUGGUUUCAACGGUUACACGUUACAUUGAAGGCAUAUCGCGAACUUCUUCAUACUUUAAUGUUCAUGGAUAAGAGCACUGACAAUGGAGUCCGGCACUCUGCUAAGGUCAUUAAGAGCAACAUAUUUUAUGAGCAGGAAUAUCGGGAAGUGAUUCUUGGCCAGUUACUUUCUUACAAUGAACAGAAGAUGACAAGAGCGUAUCUCGUGGAUCUUAUAGAGACUGUUCAUAUAUUCCUGAAAAUGCUCGAACAAUUUUGUUCAAACACGCGACACGUUAUUGUUCAGAAAGCUGAGGCGAAACGCCGAAAAGCACAGAAACGUCGCGCAAAAGCAGCUCAGGAGGAGCGCCCAUCACAACCAAAUCUGGAAGAACUGUGGGAUGACUUGGGUCCUGAAAUUUCUGCUGUUCUGUAUGAGAAUAUCAUACCGGAAGUUAGAUCAUACGAUGCAACAAUUUCUACUCCUAUGGAAGAUCAAAAAAUGAAUGUCAUGAAAAAGGUACAGAAAUUACUACAUAAUAAGCAGUUCGAACAGGCAAUAGGACUAUUGCGUUCUGCAAGAACAGUCUGGCCCGAUAACGACUACUUCGGACGAGCAGACAUGCCAGUCCAGGAGGAGUUCUUGGCUCUUCGUGAAAUCUUCAGUGCAGAUCUCGGCGUCGUGGAGAACGAAGCGGAGACAGCUGACGCAUCGAGGGGAAACAACUUGGAAGGCAGUGCCGGAAACAACCGCGACAAUGAGGAAGAGUGCCACAGUCAGGAGUACGAAUACGAUGAAGAGGAGGACGAAGAGUCGGAAAGGGAUGUACAAGUUCAGGAGACUGAUUUCAAGUUCGAAGACUUCCUGCAUAGAUUCGCUAAUGUUAAAGUAGUCAAGGCCUGCGCCGCACUACUCCAACAGUUCGAAAUUAAUUCUGACGAGAUCAAUCACUGUACCGUCAAGCUGCUGCACAGAAUUGCCUGGGAAUGCAAGAUGUCGCCGAUGGUUUUUCAGGCAUCGAUAUUUCGAACUUUUCAACGUAUACUCGAAUCUGAGAGACCUCAACACAAAGAAUUACGGAAGUUUGCCAUCUUCAUCAUACGUGGCUUUAUUGAAGUCGCAGAGAAAAAUCCAAAAUCUUACAUGGAGCUACUCUUUUGGAAGACUUCGCGCGAAGCUAACGACAUGGUGCAGGGUUAUGCCGAGAACGAGGCUAACACGAAAGUUACACGUAGCAUGUGGUCCGAAGUUGAGGAAGAUGAGCUGCGCACUCUCUUCAUGGAACAUCAGACUAAUAAGUACAGCAAGGAUUUGAUCGACUGGAUAUUGGAAAAUAUAAUUAGCGAUAAUCGUACGCGACGUGGAGUUAUCAAGAAACUCAAAGAAAUGAGUCUUAUCGUCAAUUCUAAGAGAGUGAACAGCGAGAUCCAAAAGAAUUUGCCCAAGGAAUGGUCGGAGGAAGAAAUUGCUCAGCUCACAGAAAUCUGGGAGCAGGUUAAAGAGGAUGACGAUCCCGUGGACCUCAUUUACAACGGGCUACGCAUAAAGCGCACGAAAGCUAAGAUCAAAGAGAAGCUCUUGGAAUUGAGUUUGGUGGAAAGCCGUGCGCAGUUGCGCAAGAGAAAUACCAAGAAAAGCAACCCUGGAAAAUCUAGUUGGGAGACCAGAUCACCCAGUCCGUCCUCGGUCGAGGACGACAGCGAUCAAGAGGAGAAUCAAUCCUCUCGCAGGAACAACAAGGCCAGAGGAAAGACAGAAAACCCAAGGAGGAAGAAAAAUUUGAGAAAACAACCUGUCAUCGUGUACACGGACGCUCAGCUAUCCGGUCUUCUGAAAGACGUCAUCGAGAACGACAUGAAAGAUGCUCUGGAGUGGGUUAAGGAGUCCAUGGAGGAAGUUCUGGAGGAUCGAGAUGAAGAAAGCGUCGACGGCAUUCCCUUGGUUCCUAUAACCGAUUACUCAACCGUGGCCAUGGAUUCGCCCAGUUUUCAACGUCUUCUUCGAGCAAUCGGCAUCCAGGAGCCUGCCAAUGAACAGGAAGCUUACUGGAGGAUCCCGUCCAGCAUGCUCAACGUCACAAUACGUAGACGCUGCGAUCUCAUUGCAGCAGUCCUUGCCGGGCAAUUUAUUCUUGAGGAACCGAAGGAGCCAAGUCAAGAGGAACCGGAAGUAAACAGCGAGAGCGAUGACGACGGCGUGGACGUUUUCGAGAGCGUUAAAAAAUUCUUUGCAUCUAACGAAAUAGAAGGCCAAGAGAAACCUCGACCUUCCUCUUCUCAAGUGGCAAGGACAAACAGCGUUUCAACGAGCCGAUUGCCGAAGAAACGGAGCGACUCUGGAUCAGGCGAACAUGAAGCGGAGGAGGUAGUCAGUGAUAACGGUGCGACAGACUCGGCCGAUAUGUCAGAAACUAAAUUAAAUAGUAGCAGAAUAAAGUCAUUGGUGGAUUCAUCUGACUCGGAAGACGAUGAAAUAAAACGCGCGGAUCUUCCAGAUGAUGCUAAACGAGUUAGAUCAGAUAACUCUGAUCCUGAAACACCACUGACAAAGAAGCGUCGUGUUCUUGAUAGCGACGAGGAAGAUGAUACUGAACGUCCAGAAGCGGCUCAAUCAAGAAAUACUCGAAAAAUAAUUAGCGAUGAUGAAGAUUAGUAUCAUCCAUGCUUUUAUUGUUUUGUAAUUAAUAAACACUCAUCGUUUACAUAGUAUACCUGCCUGACCCUGCUUAAAAAAAUAAGCCCCAUAUUAUGAAAAUAAUGUUAAAUAUUGACUCUAAUAAAAUCAUAGUUUACAGAA